AUGUUGCAUAACAAGCAAUUAACUAUCCAACUGGGAUUAAAAUCUCGGUAAUCCUCUCCAUCUUCCUAAGGAUCUGAAACUCCUAAACAUAAGAAAUCUAAUUCCUACAUGUAAUUUUCACCUAAAUUGGAUUGUAACAAUGGAUUAUCAUUUGUUAAUGAGAUUAAGGAAAUAAAGAUUACUUCUCCAAGAACCGAAGACCUCUAGUCACCAAAGUCAUAGUCUCCUAAAUAGAUUAAAGUUAACAACGUUUAAAAAGAAGAACAAAUGAAAAAAAGUUAGUUUAGUAAGACUAAAAGCAAGGAUUUUGUAUGA